AUGGAUGACCCUGGUUCAUCAAGCGAGUUUGUAAAUUGGGUAGAUAUUAUAGAUGACGAUCCCAAUUUGGAGAACGACAUGGAUGAUGAUGAAGACAAUGGGCAAAGGUACACGCAAGAGGUCCUUGAGGAGUUAGAGGCAGCAUUUCAUAAACUGUUCAAGGUGCUUCAAGAGUUGAAUUAUACCGUACAACACUUGGAUCGAGUUGUGCAUAUUCCGCAACGCACGUCUGCCUUGAAGGGCCCAAUGUGGAUCCACUGGGUCUUGAGCAACCCUAACCCAAAUACAUGCUACGAGCGCUUUCGUAUGUACCCUCGCACCUUCAUGAAACUAUGUUGCACCUUAAAACAUAACGGCUAUCUGAGAAAUAGCCGCUAUGUUAAAAUCACAGAGCAAGUAGCAGCAUUUUGCCUAGUAGUUGCACAAGCACAAUCACAAAGGACUGUGUCUGACAGGCUGCAGCGAUCAACUGGUACUAUUAGUGCAUAUGCUAAUCGCUAUUGUCUAGGUGCUAUUGAUGGCACACACCUGAUGGCGCUCGUGACGAAUCACAACGACCUCCCUUUUCAAGGCAAAAGCUCAACCCCGACGCAAAAUGUGAUGUGCGUGACGAACUUCGACCUUUGCUUCACAUUCGUCUGCAGUGGGUGGGAGGGCAGCGCCCACGACGCACGAAUUUUUACUGAGACAAUAAACGAUCCAACCAUGAACUUCCCAACGCCUGACGAAGCUUAUGGUUGCUACAAGGGUUUCUUGCCCCCAUAUCGACAUGAAAGGUACCACUUAGAAAACUUUCGCCGUGGCCGAACCCAACUCAGGAAUGGUAAAGAGUUGUUAAACUAUAGACACUCUUCAUUGCGCUCGACGGUGGAACAGACGUUUGGGAUUUUGAAGAAUCAGUUCCCGAUUUUGGAAAAUAUGCCCUCGUACGCGAUACCGGACCAACGAUUACUUGUGGUUGCGUAUUGUACUAUACACAACUUCAUCCGCAAGGACUGUGGGGAUAUUGAUCCAUUAUUCAGACACGCUCUGCAACAACUAUAUGGUGAAGCUUGGAUCGAUAUCUCACAGCGGGUUAAUAUGCCAGGUGAAACGCAUGUAACACCUGGACUUCGACCAGAUCAAUCACAGGCAAGUGCACAAUACAUGGGGGCAUAUCGGAACACAAUGAAGAAUAGCAUGUGGGAUUGGGUCAAUAGGGCAUAA